AUGUCCGUGGCCCUGGAUGUGAACACCGUGACGGCGGCACUGUGGCCGACGGCAACAGGGAAAGUGACAAGGUCGACGGGGCAGAUUUUAGAGGUCACUCUAGUCGACAGAGGAGCAGCGCGGUUCACUCAUAUUGCAUUUGACCCCAGUGAUGAGACGAAAUUUUACGCGAGCACUAGUGAAGCGGUUGUGUAUGUAUUUUCCAUUCGCAAGAACGACGUGAAACUCUUUGCGGUGCUUGAGCAUCCGGUUGCAUCCAUGGCGUUUUGUGGCAAUGGUGUUAAUCCAUUGUUUGUUUGUGCGACCGAAGAUUUAACUCUCAUCUGGUUAGACUGCAAUACAAGCCGCAUUCUUCGACGAGAGAAGACACCGCACCGUUAUGCGAUUCACAUGAUGCAUGCACCAGUUGGCUUUGGUACUCCGUGGCUGGCCACCAUUUCACGAGACGCACUGGUACUGUGGGACGCCACACAGAUGGUGUGUCGAGUGAAUAGUCACAUAACGGUAGUACAGAUGGUACAUGAGUUUCUAAGCGUGCACGCGGAAAUGAACUUUCUUGUGACAGUAGAAUAUUCUGGGGUUGUAAAAAAAUGGGACCCUGUUGCUUUGGUGCCAAUAAAGGCUGUCACAAUUGCGAUGCGCCCCCGUGCAGCAACUGCGUGUCAAACAUACGUUGCUGUCGGCAUGUCGGAUGCAAUUGUCGGUUUCUUGAAUACCUCCGAUUUGUCUUCUAUUUGUUGUGUUCAGAUUUCUACAGCACCCGCGGCAGCGCGUUCCCUCUCAAUUAUAAACGACGAUCUUCUUGCCUGUGAACUAACAGACGGUACCAUUGUUUUUUUGUUUGUCAGGAAUUACAGCGUGUCCUUUGCAAUGACUGCGCCUUGCGUUGGCGCUAUACGACGAAGUCCCUCAUCUUUCAGCGUAUCAGGACCGUCAUUUGGUGUCUUUCUACGUGGCAAUCAUUUGUCUCUCUUUCAUCUCCCCACAUCACGUCAGUAUUAUCUGCGAAGAACGAAAUGGAACGGUGUUGACCCAAAUCCGACGUUGCCACGGCAGGUUUAUCCCUUUCUGCAUAGGGGAGAGUACACACGUGCGCCGGCCCCCACAGAAUGGGAGCAGACCGACAUUGGGGACACCACUCUUCCGCGUCCUACCAUCCAGUUGAGCAACAAACAAGUUUCUAAAUGGGCGAAGGUGGAUCUGCUGCGGUCAUCUGCUGAUGCGGCGGACAAAGCGGUUGGCGGCCACAUUUGUGAAGAUUCCCACAGCCAAUUUGUAGAGCCCCUCAAGGGGCGAAAGAAGAGUGAAGAGUUAGAGGCCGACGUGAUGAACAAGGAAAAGGAACUCUCGCAGCGGCCAUUUUUGGAUAGGGCAUCGCGAGCAGCCAACGUGCAAAACUUGAAACGCCUGCUGAUGCGCUAUGGAGUGUUUCCUGAUAAGUACCGAUCCCAUAUUUGGCGUUUUCUUUUGGAGCUACCAGAGCGAAGCUUUACAGCGCCUCAGUACACCCAGCUUUUUAGCAAAGGGAUACAUAAAUGCGUUUCCUCGCUCUUGAAGCCAUUUCCUCUGGCCAACAAAAAUAUGCGAGCCGCCAUGGAGAGAGUCCUGUCGAUUUUGGCGUGGCAUGUGCCAAUGUUUUCUGUGAUUCAUUUUCUUCCCAUGAUUGUUUAUCCAUUUUUGCAAUUAUAUGGGGACGACAUACAAUUGACAGUGGAGGUCGUACUUGUUGUUUUGUCCAACUGGGGACAGGAGUUUUUCCAAUACUACCCCAAGCAUCCAGUUGCACUCACAUCUUUACUGAAUCAGCUGCUACGUACAGAGGAUUUAGAGCUUCACAGUUACCUUGAGCAGUGUGGAGUCAUGGUUGAAGAAUGGGCUUGGGAGGCGCUGAAAUCUCUCUACACUGACAUCCUUACCUCUGCAGCAUGGUUACAGGUAAUGGAUCACGCAUUUUUUAACAGACCACUUUGGUUUUUUCUUUUUUAUAUACGGUGGCUGGUGAAUAUUCGUGAGAGACUUAUGAAAUUACAUGAGCAUCGAGAGCUUUUAGAUGCCUUCAGCAAAGUGCACCCCAUUGACAUCAACAAAGUCAUUGCGGAAACCUACCAGCUGCAUGAAAGGUGUCCUAAGGGAGAGCUGUCUAGGCCAUACAGUGUGCUUCAUGCAUUUGUCGAUUAUGCAUACCCCGUUGAGUGGAAAUGUAAUGAGGCUAAUAUUGCAAGAAAGUUGGAAGAUCUUCAGCUGCCCUUUCAGCAGGAAGGAAAGGAAGAGGAAAUUUGCCAACAAAUUCAUGGUAUUCGCGAGCAAAUGGCUGAGGCGGAGGUGCAGGAAGAUGUUUUUUUUGAGAAGAAACGGGCCGAAAUUGCAGCACAGCUCAAUACUGCGAACGACAGCCUGAUAAACGAGGUGGCCCAUGAAAAGAAGAACCAGCGGGCACGUGAAAUGAAAAAUAUGGCCCGUAUUCAGGUGGUAGAAAAGCAUCUUCAGCAGGCAGAUCGUUUAGAAGCACUUAGGGAGGAGCUUGUCUCUGCUCGUGUCCAGAUCGCCGAUCUCGCGCAUAUCAGAGAGAGGGAAGCACAGCACUGGAGACGGGCGGAAUCUCUGACGGACCACGAAGUGCGUCGCUUAGAAGAAGCUGCUCGCGAACGCCUUGCAAAGGCAAAGCAAGCAAUUGAAGAGGAAGAAAAAAAGAGUUCUCUGCAGUCGAGGGAGGGUGGGGAUUUCUCCGGUCAUGCAACACCACCAACUACUACAACAAGAACAGCAGCGACGGACACUGCGGGGAACCCUCUAAGGACCUCUUUAAACGUUCUGCAGACGCCUGUAGAGCCAAGUGUUUCGGUACAGGCGUACCGUAUGUUGCAGAGCAGUGUAACUCCUGCGGUGAAGGAGACACUUCGGCCCCAGAAGCCACAAGGAGAGCGUUCAGUAGGUGGGCAGCCACCCAAUCUUUCUUAUUCUCCAGUUGUGGCUUCCUGUGGCCCAUUAUACGAUAAUUUGCUUGAUGGCGGUGUACCCAAGUGCCAUAGUGAGAAGAGAAGGACAAGAAGCGUUGAUAUUCAGUCACAGAAACUGCGACCCUUGAGUGAUCGUGACGAACGCUCAUCGGCUGGAACCGUGUUGCUCCGUUCUCGCGAUCCCAUGGCCUACAAAAUACCGCGUCCGCUACAUGAAAAACUAGAUAAGAAACCUAAAAGAGGGGGCUAA